UGGUCCUAUCUUACACACAUGUGUCGGAAUUACUUUGCGAGUUCAUCUAUAACUCAAGGAUGUACAAAUUAAAUGUACGAAGUGUUAUGGAAUAUAAGCAUUGUGAAUGUCAAUAUCACCAAUGAAUUUCAAUUCACGAAGUUUGGACAUAAAAUUACCAGGAGCUGAUUUGAAUACACAAAUAGUUUAACUAUCUAUACAAAUAGUGAGUUGAAUAUGAAAAGAUUUUGAUACGGCAUUUCGAAAGUGCUUUGGAAUCAAAAAGAAUAAUUUGAAAUAGUGAAUUUGGAUUAAUAUUUCUCCAGUGAUGAAUAGUCGAUUUCUAUCAAAUGGAAGGAGGAGAAGAGCAUGCCUAACCUUGUGUGUCUGUGUAGUGUUCUUGUUCUUAGUGUGCUGUAACACAUAUGAGCCGUUAACUGUUUCCGGUAUGAUGGAACACACCAACCUUCUUGUCGAAAGGAAACCGAGUAAAGUCUUUAUUAAUCCGAAAGUAAAGUGUAGGGAUAAUUCAACGAAAAAUACCGUCAUUAUGGUGUUAAACAAGGCAUCAAGUUCAUUACGACGGGAAACCAUACGGCAGACAUGGGGCCAUCUGGAAAUGCAGAGAAAAUAUAACUUCAGUAUUUAUUUCGUAAUUGGCAACGAGGAAGGUGCUGGUUUAAAGACAACAGACCGAGACAAUGAGGACAUAUUACACGUUGACGUCGAUGAGGAUUAUUUUAAUAUAACAGAGAAAGUAAUUGAAGCUUUGAAUUGGGCAACUCAUUCCUGUUUUGAAUCUAGCUACUUUUUCAAGAUUGAUGACGAUGUGUAUUUUGACCUGGAGUUCCUUCGUGAAAUUCAAAAUGACAGAAACUUUGUCUCAGAUGACGUUAUCCGCGGUGAUUGUUUACCUGAAACAGGGCCAUUCAGAUGGACGUCAAAAUUCAGGGUUUCCUACGACGAUUAUCCUUUUCAAGUGUAUCCGCCAUAUUGCGGGGGCCCGGGAUACGUUAUGACAAUGCGUACGGCGCAUAAAUUAUACAGGGAAAUGGUGAACACCGCAGUUUUUAAGUUCGAAGACGUUUAUGUCGGAAUAGCUGCGUAUAAACAGGGAAUUACUGUAGAAAAUGUGGAAUAUUUUAUCUAUGCCAUGGACAGAUUUCCGCAGUAUUUCUUUAUCAAAUGUGCUAGAAUCGUACACAAUCUCACACCCGAGUUAAUUACGAAGUUCUGGAAUGACCGAAACAAGAGAAGUAAGGUGGAAUGUUCUAAUUGGGGGAAAGGUGUAUCUAUCAUACAAACACUGUUCGGGGUAUUUAGUAGUUAAAACGGCGAUUUUCUGAUUGUUAAAUAGGUAAUUUCUUCUUAUUUGAAAAUCAUAUUGGAAAUGGCAUCUAAACAUUGGAAUAUUUCACAAAGUAUUUUCUAUCACAUAGAAUUUUGUGUGAAAAUUAAUACAACAACCUGUUAAACAAGUUUAAUUUAUUUUGAUAAUUAAUGUGACAUUAAUAAAACAUAUAUUGUGACGGAAUGUUUCUCAAUGGGUUGUUUACUUGGUAAUAGACUUGUUUUUUUUUUAGUUUAGAUACCAUCUAAGUUGAGUUCAUAUAUAUUGCUCUGGAAAAAACGAGACCAAAAUCAUAUAGUGAACUAUUUGACGUUUUGUGGAUACUUUCCUUAUAUAUCAAAAAAAAACUUGGGUUGUUCCUUUGUGAAAACGAUUGUGCAUUUCGUGUUUUGGAAAGUCAUGUUACCUUCACCUGGUGGCUCGUCUUUAACCGUUUAUGCUUUGUGAAUUUUACUAUUGUAAUAAAAAAAAUACUAUUGUAAUAACGUGUUGGAUCAUUUUAGACACGACUUCAUGUGUUAUGUCAAGAGAUGUAAUUCAGUAAGAUCUUAGUGACCGCAAAAAGAUGUAAUAACCUGUCGACAUGGUAUCGGCUAUAUUGUAUAUACUACAGGUGUGACAAAGAAACAAGAUAUAACAAUGUGGUAUCGGCUAUAUUGUAUAUACUACAGGUGUGACAAAGAAACAAGAUAUAACAAUGUGUUAUCGGCUAUAUUGUAUAUACUACAGGUGUGACAAAGAAACAAGAUAUGACAAUGUGGUGUCGUCUAUAUUGUAUAUACUACAGGUGUGACAAAGAUACUACAGGUGUUACAAAGAAACAAGAUAUAACAAUGUGUUAUCGGCUAUAUUGUAUAUACUACAGGUGUGACAAAGAAACAAGAUAUAACAAUGUGGUAUCGGCUAUAUUGUAUAUACUACAGGUGUGACAAAGAAACAAGAUAUAACAAUAUGGUAUCGGCUAUAUUGUAUAUACUACAGGUGUGACAAAGAAACAAGAUAUAACAAUGUGAUAUCGUCUAUAUUGUAUAUACUACAUGUGUGACAAAGAACCAAGAUAUAGCAAUGUGGUAUCGGCUAUAUUGUAUAUACUACAGGUGUGACAAAGAAACAAGAUAUAACAAUGUGGUAUGGUCUAUAUUGUAUAUACUACAGGUGUGACAAAGAAACAAGACAUAACAAUGUAUGUAUAAUGGUUUAUUUACAAUCGACUAUCAUCCUUCAUCAAAGAAUCACCCAUGAAAUAAUGUAAACUAUGUACAAAUAUUUAACUGUAAGCAUCAACACAAGUGAUAUAAACCAUUCAUAUUCUUAUUAACAACUAAAACGAACGACCUGGCUAGACUUCAUUUUCAAUCCUACUACAAUUUACAUAUCUAGGAAAACUUUCAUUUUGUAGACCAAACUAAACGAAGGAAGUUGAAAAUUUUAAAAAUUCAAUUUAAAAUGAUAAUUUCCUCUUCUUUACACUAAAGGACGCAUUAAGGUUUAUAUUUGUUAGGAGAUGUUGGAUAAUUCGUAUUAUAGUAUAAAAUGACCUAUUUACAAAAUGUCUAAAAAAUAUCUAAAAACUACACUAUGAAAAGAGGAACAGGUUAUUUACAUGAUAAAUAACUGACUCAUCAGAGUAGUUACGUGAUAUUAAAAUAUGUUCGAAAUUAAAAAUGCGCUUUUUGUUAUGCUAGCGUACGCCAGUGCAAAGUUUAAAUGUGAUAUUUUGAAUAAUAACAACAUAAUAAAAUCAUUUUAUUUCACCUCUAAUAGAGAUAUACGGCGUUAUUACCAGUCAAACAUUGACAAAAGAUAAUUUUGAUAUAUUGAAUCAUUUAUUCUUUAAAACUGAAAGCGAAUGUAGACAUAUUUGAGAAAUCAAAUUGAAUGAAUAUCAUAACUUUACGUAAAAGGUAUUUAAUCAGAAAAAAUAUCUGUGACUGUAAAGUCAUUACCGGUGUCCAUAUACAAAAACCUGUUAAAUAAUCAAACUUUACUUGACAAACAGGUUAAUUAAAAAAAA